AAUCAUCUCAACAUGAAUUUAAAGAAAUCGAGGCUGAAGUAGUUCACGAAAAAGUUGAUGAUUCCCCAAUAAAAAUAGAGACAUCUCCAUCUCAACAUGAAUUUGAAGAAAUCGAGGCUGAAGUAAUUCAUGAAAACAAAUGUCUCUCUCUUAUCCCGUAUGAUGGAUCUUUAUUCUUUAACUCGUAUGAGAAAUCUUUAUUCUUUAAUUUGGCUGAGAAACAAGGAGGUUUGUAAUUUAUUAUGUUAUAUUAUUUUUUUUAUAUAUUUACUAAAAACGUAAUUUUAGAUAAUAUGGCCGAGCCAAAGAAAGAUGAGAUGGAAGACGUGAACAUAGAUUAUCCGCGAACUUCUGAAAACGAAAUUACUAUUUCUGUUCACAAAGAAUUGGAAGCAAGAGUCGCCAUGUUAAAAGCCUUGCCGUCCCCCGAACGCAAGAGAAUUUUGGGGCUAACUCCUCGAAAAAUUAGUGAGGCUUCAAUUAAACAAACUAGUUCAUCAUCUGUUAACCGUUUUGCGAAAACGCACGAGAAAGCUUUUUCACAAAUGCCGUCAAUUAUGACGCAUUAUGCUGCUCAAAAAACAAAAAAAGCUGAAGAAAUUCAAGAUGAAAUCAAUAGGAAGCGCAAAGAUCUAGGUGGUAUGCAGCCAUUAAUUAAAAAGCGAAAAUUAGCAAAUAGUACUGCAAAGGAGGUCGCUAAGUCAUCAGUUCGUCUUGGUGGUAUGUCAUAUAUAUCUUUUAUUAUAGAAUUUAAUCUUGUAUAACUAAUAAUAUCUUCUUUAAUUGAAGUUACUCAACAUGUCUUAAAGAAGAAGACGAAAGAAGGUGUUGCAAAGAAACCAAAGCCAUCUUUAUUACCUAGAAGAGUGUCAGGAAUACAAAAGAAAAUGUCAAAAUGAUCGGCAAUUUAUUAGAAACCGGCUUAACAUUAAUGAUAAUGUAUGAAAAUCGUAUGAAACAUAUGAACAUCAAUAUGCAUGUAAAGUUUUAGUUGGUGGAAAAUUA